GCCUGCAGCACUGAGGAGGCUCUGGAUGUGCUGCUAUCCAUAAAGUCACAGAGGAUGGAAGAUAUGCGAAUGCUGGGCUUUAUGGAGAUUCUGCCUGGAGACUUUGAAGCCCAACAGGCGUCGGUUUAGCAAACUGUCGGCUAUCUGUCGGCCUCAUGUCCCCAGCGGUUCCACAGUCCCUUUGAACAUCAGGUAGGAUGGAUCCCAGUGAGCGCUGAGUCCUCCAAUGGGCUGACCACAGCGCCGCUGUAAUCCUCAGAAAUCCAGGAAUUAGCCGCGUCCUGCUCGUCACCAAACACCGGAACACCUGGAAAUAUGGGGAUGUGUUCACGCGCCAGCAGCUGUGGAUUUUAGGCCGAGUACAGUGAGAAAUCUAGUUGGAUGUGUGGAGACAGCGGGAUGAGAGUGGAAGAGAGUCUGUGAAGCAGAGACGACAACAUGAAGGAGAAAUCUAAAAAUGCUGCCCGGACCCGAAGGGAAAAGGAAAAUAGUGAAUUUUAUGAACUGGCCAAACUAUUGCCGCUUCCGUCCGCUAUCACCUCCCAGCUGGAUAAAGCCUCAAUCAUCCGACUGACAACAAGCUACCUGAAAAUGAGAAUAGUCUUUCCUGAAGGCCUCGGGGAGUCCUGGGGUCAUGUGAGUCGCAGCACUCUGGAUGGAGUCACCCAGGAACUAGGUUCCCAUCUCUUACAGACAUUAGAUGGCUUUAUCUUUGUGGUUGCUCCAGAUGGGAAAAUAAUGUACAUAUCAGAGACAGCUUCUGUCCACUUGGGCCUGUCGCAGGUAGAGUUGACGGGAAACAGCAUAUAUGAAUACAUCCAUCCAGCAGACCAUGAUGAAAUGACGGCCGUCCUUACAGCACACCAGCCUUACCAUUCACACUUUGUUCACGAAUAUGAGAUGGAACGCUCCUUCUUUCUGAGAAUGAAAUGUGUCCUUGCUAAGAGAAAUGCUGGUCUUACCUGUGGAGGCUACAAGGUGAUCCACUGUAGUGGCUACCUGAAGAUCCGUCAGUACAGCCUGGAUAUGUCUCCGUUUGACGGCUGCUAUCAGAACGUGGGGCUGGUGGCUGUCGGUCACUCACUGCCACCCAGCGCUGUCACUGAGAUCAAACUGCACAGCAACAUGUUCAUGUUCAGAGCCAGCCUGGACAUGAAGCUCAUCUUCCUUGACUCACGGGUUGCAGAGCUGACAGGCUACGAGCCUCAGGAUCUAAUAGAGAAGACUCUCUAUCAUCAUGUCCACAGCUGUGACUCCUUCCACCUGAGAUGUGCUCAUCACUUGUUGCUGGUGAAAGGUCAGGUCACCACUAAGUAUUACCGUUUCUUGGCCAAGCCUGGUGGCUGGGUCUGGGUUCAGAGUUAUGCAACCAUUGUACACAACAGCCGCUCAUCCCGACCUCACUGCAUCGUCAGUGUCAACUAUGUUCUCACGGAGACGGAGUAUAAAGGCCUCCAGCUUUCUCUGGACCAAGCCACGUCCAAGGCCUCCUUCCCCUACAGCAGCACCGCCAGCCUUACGGAGAAUUGCAGAACUCCCAAGAUCAGAGUAUCCCGGCCCAAGACCAAAACAAGACUCUCGCCAUACACACAGUAUCCUAGUUUCCAGACGGAGCGGUCAGAGUCUGACCAGGACAGUCCAUGGGGCAGCAGCCCCCUCACCGACACAGCCUCACCUCAGCUGCUGGAGCACAGUGAAGGCCUGGAUGCCUCCUGUGUGUACAGGCAGUUCACUGAUCCCCACACCCUCUGCUACAGCUUGUCUGAAGAGCACCAUCACCCCAACAGCGAUGGCUACACACACCUCCACCCACAUGGUCAAGGUCAGAGUUGUGAGCGAGGUCGAUGUGAAGCGGGCCGAUAUUUUCUAGGAGCACCUCCAUCAGGCAGGGACCCGUGGUGGGGCACCACCCGGUCCGUCCUACCGUUGAGCAAGAGCUCCUUGGAGAACCACGAGGGACAGCACAGCAGUGUGCCGCACAUCACAGCCAUCCACAGUUACCAUGGCCGGGGCCACUGGGACGAGGAAAGUGUAGUCAGCUCUCCAGAUGGAGGCUCAGCCAGUGACUCAGGGGAUCGGUACCAAGCGGACCACUACCGCUGUAGCUCGCAGGAACCCAGCAAGAUCGAGACACUGAUCCGAGCCACGCAGCAGAUGAUCAAGGAAGAAGAAUGUCGACUUCAGCAGCGCAAGAGCCCUCCAGAUGGACCACUGGGGCCUGCCAAUGGGCUGCCCAAGGGCCCUGGUCAAUGCUUCACUUCCGAGUAUACUCAAGGGCCCCUGCCACUACAGACAGUGUGUCGAGGUUUGAGUCAGGUGAUCAGCCCUGCGCCUAGUCCCGCACCCUUGUCCAGGCUCAGUAGUCCAGGUUCUGAGCGCCUCCACAAGCCCAAAGACUACCUCCAAACAGACCUAUCCCCCCUUUCUUUGCCAUUACACCACCCAUUAGGUCGGUCGAGUCAGUGCUCGGCUUCCCCCACCUCUGCCGCCGUCCACUACCCCUCCCACACCCACCCACGGCCCUACAUGGACAAGCAUAAAACCUACUCCCUGACAGGCUACGCUCUGGAGCAUCUCUAUGACCCGGAGAGCCUCCGAGGCUACUGCACCUCCGCCAGCACAGGCCCCACCCACUAUGAUGUGACCCCUCACCUCCGCAUACCGGCAGAGCAGACCCCCGGACAUAAAGGCACCUCUGUCAUUAUCAGCAAUGGCAGCUAACACUCAUUUAACACACGCAGAGGGACUGCGGUGACACAGCCUGAGCUGGUUAGCUCUGUUACAACAUGAAGCCAUCGUCAGUCUGGAUCCUGUUAGCCUGUUUUUCCACCAUACUGAUCACUUUCUUCAAAUUGUUGCUUCAUUGUAGAGCUACAUUGUGCCUGUAUUCCCCCCCAAUCGUCACUCAAACAUCAAUUUCUAAACUCUGCAAAAGAACAUGUAAGAACAGUACAUGUUUCUCUGAAUAUGUGAAUAUUCUCAAGAUGGAACAACAAGAUCACAUAAUUAUAGUAGUGCUUGUGCUUCUGGUAAAUAAUGCUAUUGUACUGCAGCUUUUCAUCUAAGACUUUAUUUUACAUGGAUACAUUUGUUUGCUUCCUCUGGCCCAAAAUGCAUGCAAAGAUUUUCAAGAAAGUAGGACCCAAUCCGAAAGGGACCUUAAGAUCGUCGUACCUGAUCUGAAUACACCAAAGGAAAAUUAGACCUGUUCCAAGCGUGACCCAAAAAGACCCAAAUAGAGAGAAAACACCAACACUGGUAGCAGCAUGAGGGCAUGGUCACACGUGCAAAAUUGACAAUGUCGAAGAUUCUUAUCUGGUUCACUUUCAUUCUAUGCGAGCUAAGGGCCUAAUAAAAUAUUUGUUUUCGAUGGCAAAACAAAUGAGCAUUUUGCAUUGCAUGGUGUUACAUUUUGGUGAACUUUGACCUGCAAAGUCGCAACCUCAACCAAUAGCAAUGUGUCAACAAGUCUUCCAAAAUAAACGACAAAAUUAAUAAAAAAUAUGGGGGGAGUAAGACAUAGUGUAGGUCACAGUUGAGUCCCAAAAACAAACAAAACUGAUCAGUAUGACAGAAAAAAUGGAAAACGGACCACUACCGCUGUAGAAAAUGGCUGGACUUCUGCUUUUACAGUGUGUGUAACCUUUUGCACUAUAAGAGAUUGAGACUUUGUGAAGAGGUCUCCUUGUUUUUCAAUGCAUUUGGAUGAAAAGUAAUAACAGGGUUGGGUAUGGUGUUUAUUGCAGUAAUGCACAGGUUGGCCCUGAAAUAAAGCGUACAUGAAUUUAACCUUCACGGACUAAUAUGCAAAGCCAUUCUCUCAAUGUUUCUUUUCUCUCAGUGUUGGUAUCUUGCAGGAAGGUAAUUACAUUUAAGAAAAAGGUUUAUCCAUGAUAACUGUCAUGGAUGUAUGAAAAUAUGAUUAUACAGUGAGAACCAUGGAUACUGAAUGGACAUAUUUUAAUGGGUAACAUAGGACGUCUGCUGCUUUGAUAUUUGAUAUAGUAUCUGAUUGGCAGGAGAAUAAAAUGACCUGAUAUACAUUUUACAACAUUUGUUUUUUAAAACCAUAAACUUAAGUAUCAUCCAAGAUAUGGGACAUAUUGUGUUGUUUUGUUUUGUUUUUCUGUGGUAAUAAUUUCUGAGACUUGACUGUAAGAAGACUGACAGAUUAUAUGCAACCUGUAGGAAUGCCAGCUCAGGCAGCUUGAUUGCGUUUAUCCCUGAAGCAACUGUUAUUAAUAGUUAUGUGGGCAACAGGAUUCAAGUUUGAUCCUGAAUUUUUUUCUUCAUGUCCUCAGUCCUUAGAUGAACCUAUAUUUAUACAAGUUUUGAUUUUUUUUUUCAUUUUGCCAAAGCCUGAAAUGUGCUCCAACCCCUAAAGUUAUUUAUGGUGUAAAUAUGCUCAGAAAAGAAAAUCGCACCACAUUUAAGCACAUGGGCAAAACACUGUAUUUAUUGAGUAAAUGUUUCUUUAUGAUUUUGAAAUAUUGCUGCAAUCAAAUCCAGUCUGCUUCUAUAUUGAGUGUGUUUUUGACUGAAGCAAAUUCUAAAAGAGGACAAAAUAAAAUCAUUUUGCAGAGA